AUGUUAAAAUUGGCCGAUCAAGGCAUUGUAGCGGCUGACUUACUCGGCAGCACUAUAGUGGAACGCAGCAAGUUCGCUCAACAGUUUUGUCGUGCCUAUGGCGCUAAUAAGAGCUCUCCUGAGCCCUUCAGUCUGCAUCUAACCAACUUUUCUAUGAACAGUGCUCUUGGUGCCUGUUGCCGAGAGAAGUGCUCGGGAUUUGAAAACUACAAGAUUGGAUUUCACGCAGUAUCACCGGCCAUUGCGUUCCCCGCCUCUAAGCUGGUCUACCUUUCACCCGAUGCCCACUCACCCCUUUUGGAUAUUGAACUAGACACUAUUUACGUGAUUGGUGGACUUGUGGAUGAGAACGUCCGAAAGGGCGUUAGUUUGGCAGCCGCUAACGCCAUUGGCACUGAAUCGGCGCGUUUGCCGCUGCAAGAGUUCGGCCCGGAGGGUUGGGGUGCGGAAAACAAAACAAAGUCGUCUGCCCUGCCAAUCAACAUAGUUCUCAGCAUCCUCCUCUCUUAUCGCCAGCACAAGGAUUGGAGGAAAGCUCUCGAAACCAAUUUACCGAAACGUUUUCAGACAUGA